GUGCAGUUUUACUUGUUCAUAAGAGUGGGCAAAUUAUUUAUGUUGAAAAAUAAUGUAAUUUCCAUGAUAUUACGAUAUUAUCUUUGCUUUUAAUGCUUAUUGUAUGCUAACAAUAGUUAUUUUGUUGUUCCAGGAAUAUAAGAUGCCUUUGCGUGCGGUGGCGUGGUCUUCAGAGUGCGUGGUACGCCGCUGCUCUCCUAUCGUCGUCUAUGUGUGCACCGCUACCGUUCCAGAGUCAUCCUUAUCCUUCUUCUCAAGUGUCUGUGAUAGUGUCCCGUUGUGUAGUGAAGUGUUCAGUGAUAGCGUCGUCGAGUGCAGUGAAGCGUGUAGCGAGUGCAGCGUAGUCGAUAAUAGCGAAGAGGUAGCGGAAGCGACAGCAGCGGUACUAGCGUCCAGGUGCGGUUGCGCAUGCGCUAAAGAAGAUCCGGCGGCGGUGGCGAGAUUCAGCGCUACUGCUGGGGCGCCGGCCCAAUGA